AUGUAUAUUGUUUAAAUUCCUCUAACAUUGCAAAAAUAUUCAAAAGUGAUCUAAAUUACCAACUCAUCUUGUGUGUUUUGUGUAAAAGUUUUUAAACAUGAGCGAAGACAGUUCUACAGGUAGUGACAGUGAUACUGGCAAUGAAGAUAACAGAACAGCGAUGGCACUGUUUACAGCCAUUUAUAAAAACGAUUGUGACGAAAUCCGAAAACUUGUCUCAAAAAAUCGGUCAGUGGUGAAUUUUAAUAUGAACGGUACUACCCCUCUACAUGCCGUUUUGAAACAAGCGAUUAAGGCCAAAGGAUCUAAAAAGCCUUUAAUGGAAGCUAUAAAGGAGUUACUGAAAAACGGAGCCAAUCAGGAAGCAAAAAAUGAAAAAGAUGAAUCGGCUGUAGACGUAGUAACAAAACGAUUAAAGAAAUAUCCAGAUGAUUCAGACUGGAAAUCAAUAAAUAGUCUUUUUGAUAGGUCUAAAGAAAAAACUCAAUUGUCUUCAAAAACAGUACAAGCUGACGAUAAAAGAUCGGUCAAUAGAAUGUUAACAUUGGUUCAGACACAGUCAGAUGCUCCAACUACAUCAAAAACGAGACCACCUGGAGAAACUUAUGCAGUCUCAGGCUUAAAAACUUCUCUGCACGGUACCAUCUAUCAAUUACAGCUUCUCAUGUCACUUCUCAAUCGCGGUUUGAAUAAAUACGACCACUUUGAUUUGGCGACGGAAAUGAACAAAGCAGAAAAAUUUGACGACGCAGUGAUUCGGUACAAGACCUCUCAAAAUGAACAGUGGUCCUGGCGAUUUUUUCAAGCUAAACACAAACAGGACGUCCAGCGAGAUAGGAUAACGGUCAACGAUUUAUUAACCGAAUCAGACGGCCCUUUUAGCAUUCAAAAGUACUUUGUUUCUUUCUGUAAAAUCAAGAGCAGCGUCAUGUUUGACCAAUCGAACUUGGAAGAGUUUGACCUUUGCACAAACACCGAUUUUGAUUUUUCGGAAAUUAAAAAACGGAAAAACGAUGGAAACUUAACUCCCGCCGCACAGCAAAAAAACGAUUUGGUAAAUUUGUGGAAAAACUUAUUAGAGCUGGAGAAUUUAGAAAGCGAUGUAUUUUUAUCAUUUCCUAAUAUAACGAAUGCUAAAAAAUAUAAGUUUAGUGAUAACGCUAUCCCAUCGUUGUCUAAACUUUUAAACUCCAAUUUCCUGAAAAAAUCAUUAGAAUUGGAAAAACUCAAAGAAUUGAAGUCAGUGAUGGAGACGCUACAAGCGACACAAGUAAUUGAAGAUUUAAAGGAAAUAUUAAAAGAAAUAGAAUACAAUGUUCUUGAAUUAGAAGGUUCAUUAAAUAACAAUAAGAGCGAAAAAGGUAAAUAUAUUUCACUUGCUAACAAAUUAUUAAAUGUGAAAAAUAAAUUUAUGAGUAGCAGUAGAUACGACUAUUUAAAAAAAAUAAUUGUAAAAUUUAAAAAAAUUGAUGUAAAAGAUCAAAAUUAUUUUUCGGAAAGACUCAAAGUUUUUGAUGUUUCAAAAGAUCUGUUAAAGGAGAAUUUGAGUUUUGUGUCAGAGGCUGAGAAUAAACUUUUUUGUUUUGAGGAUAUUUCAUCAUCGGAACAUCAAGCUCUAAAAAAAGACAUAUGCACGAUAAUAGAAACGAAAGAAAGGUAUAUUGAUUUCAGUGAUGAAAUAGUAAAGUCUAAAGAUCUUUCUAUCCUAAAAAGCAACCUAUAUCGAUUUCCCUAUUUUCAGAAGAAUUUAGAUAAUUUUGAGAAAAAAGGUUUGGGUUUGGAUAGCGUUAAAGAAAAAUUGUUGGAUAAUUUAGAAAAUGAUAUUUCUGAUCUUGUUAUGUUAGAACUAAUAUUAAAUAAUAUCAAACUAGAAGAAUUUUUGAAAGAGUUUUUACGAAAGUUUAGAUUCGUAGUUUGUUACCCCGAUGUGGAUCGGCUCAAUCUGCUUAUAAAGAAAGAAAUGAGAAAUAAGUAUUCUUUUAUAAAUACUGAUUUAAUAACAGAUUCUUUUCAAAAGGAAAUGCUCGAUUGGUUUAAAGAUUAUAAAGAAGGCCGAAGUGAAUAUUUAUCUAAAGACAGAGGUGUGGAAUUUUUUCAACACAUUAAUCUAAAAAUAAAAUCCUUAAUGGUGUCAGGUUUAAAUAAAGCUUAUCCAGAAAAAUUAAAGGGAUUCAAUAUUUCAUUCGAACGUUCAAUAUUGACUGAUUUUUUGUCCUCUGAAAACAAGUUCGUGCAUUUAUCGACUAAACGCACUAGGCUAAGUGCCAUUAAAGUCUUACAAGGCAUAACCGAAUCAGGAUUAUAUAAGGAACAUGAUAGUUUUAUAUUUAUUCCUUUAGAGAAUCUAAGCAGAUCAGAAACUCAAAAACUAGUCAUUGAUACUUUUGGUGCAAUUGGAAGACAUGAUCUUCUUGUCAUCGAAUGCUAUCCUGAAACUUACAGCAAUUUUCCUUUACCUUAUUGGCAAGAGUUUAUUGAUAAUGUACAUUCCAUAUUAAUAAAUAACAAAGAAAAAAAGAUAAUUUUAAUAGGAGGACAAUUUGAUGAAUUAGCAACGCUGUUUAAAAGUUUGAAUAUUUCUGGAACUGAAAUGCUGCAAGACGAGUCAUCUUUUAAGUGUUUAAGCCACGAAUCUCAAUUUAAACUAUUACAACAACCAGUUACCUUUCAAGGAGAAAGAAUGUCGAUUAAUCAAUUGAUCGGUUUAGAAUGUGCUAGGAAAAUCAUUAAUGAAACACAUUUAGAUGAUCUUAUUAAUGGGAAAAUCAUUAGUUUGGGAGACGAAAAGGCUUUCAAAUUUACGGAUUGUGCUUUUGACUGUUAUGUGCCACGAUCGUUGCAUAUGCAGAAGCUUAAAAAAUGUGUAUUUGGCAUUAAGCGAAGUAUUUUCUUUCUUACUUGCGUCAGUAACAGUAAUAUAUAUCCUUUUAUCGAAAAUCUUCCCACAUACGAAUGGGUUGAAGGAACUAUAUAUUCUUAUGGAAUCAUAUAUACAAAACAAAGCGAUGACCCUAUUCGAGUUUUUAAUAAAAUUUGUACUAGCCAUCCGGAAUUGGCAGUUUACUGGAUACAUCAAAUUCAAAAUGAUUUUUUUUGGAAGGUGGCUACAAAAAAUGUUGAUCAAAUACAAGAUUGUGUAGAAUUGGAAUAUGAGUUAUCUGACGACCAGUUAUUUACAGAAGAAAAUUUUGUUAAAGAUUUUUCUAAUAAAGUUAUGUUGCUUGCCAAUGGUCCCGGAACUGGAAAAUCUACAUUUUUAGCAAGUGUCGGUAAAAGACUGAAAAAGAAACAUAAUAUGUGGUGGAUUGCGAGAAUUAACUUAAACGAUUAUGCAUUUGAGAACGAAUUACUACAUUCUGACGAUCUCAGAAAAUACACGAGAAGUGUAAAUGAAAUCCAUGAGAAUAUCAAUACUACGGAAGCCAUUGAAGUUAUUUCGGAAAUGGUAAUUCCUCGAAGUCCUCUCAUCUUUAAUAACGAUUUUCAAAGAGAAAUAUUUAAAGAAGGUCUACGAAAUGGUAACGCGGAACAAAUUACUCCAAAAAUUGUAAUUCUUUUUGAUGGUUUUGACGAAAUCAGUCCUCACUAUAAAGAAAAAACUGCGAAGCUUAUCACAGAAAUUAGCAAGACAAAUAUUCAAAACAUUUGGAUUACAACUAGAAUGAACGAAAAGGAUUUUCUAGAACGAGCAUUUUCUACGCCGGCGUUUAUGUUAAGUCCUUUUAACGAACAACAGCAAAUUAAUUUUUUGAUGAAUUUUUGGAGGCACAAUUUUAAAAAUGAAUUAGGAAACAUUAGUAAUCAAAAUAUAUAUCUGUUUGAAGAAACAAUAAAAAAAUAUGUGACUACAAUUCAAAAGAACUUACUUUAUAAUGAAGAAAGAGAAGAUUCUUUGAUCUCCAUUCAGUGUGCAGAUGAUAUAUUUGCUCUCUUCAACUUUACGCAUUUUGCACACCAGUUAGUCGACCAAUGGAAAAAUUCAGUUAAGGAUACAGCAACCGCUUUUACAAAUAAUCCUCUUCAAUUGAAAAUGUUGGCUGAAAUAGUAUUUUGGGAAAAUUUUGAACUGAUUGGGAAUUUAAGUUUACUGGAAUUAUUCAACAGGUUUAUUGAUAGAAAAUUUGCUAUAUUUUAUGAGCAAAAAAGUAUUUUAGGAGUAAGCACGGGCUCAGCUGAAAUUCGAGAAGAUCAUUCACAGAUUCUUCUACACAAACAUGAUUUAAUUGCUUUUCAAGAGAUAUUUCCAGACCAUACUGAGUACAUGGAAAACAUAAAUAUCGAGAGAGAAAUUUCAAAAUUAACUCGAGUUGGACUGUUAGUGAAGAACGAGUCAAGAUUAAUUUUCGUACAUCGAAGUUUUGCAGAAUAUUUUGUGAGUGGAUAUUUAACCAAGAAUUUAAAUAUGACAGAAGUCCAAAAUAUUUUGUUCAAAUAUGUAUUUUCUUACGAAGAUUAUUUAGUCGUUGCGUUAUUCCUCGAUCAACGGCUUGGAAAAGAAACGCAUGGAAUGAUAUUGCAGGAACCGGCAAUUGCAUACAUUAAUGAAGCAAUUUCCAAGCAAUUUAUAGAAAUUUUUACACAUCAUUUAGCACUAAAUAACUUAUCUAAUACCCUCAAAUUUAUUUUGAGGGUCCUUUGCGAAUAUCCAGCCUUAUUGGAAAGUGUGCUUUUAAAGGACGGGAUAUACGGUAAAUUUUUAUUAUUUGAGUUAGUAUAUGAUCCAAUUGGUAGAUAUAACUUUUCAGAAAGUUCUAACAUAUUAAAUGCCAUCUUGAUGACCAUUAAUGAUCAGGAUGAUCUUCUGCUGAAACUAUAUACAAAAAAAGUUCUAGAAGGACUAGUUCUUCUCGAUAGUAGACAAGCUAAUAUAACAAUUUUACAAGUUACUUUACUGUCUUCUUCUAACAAGAAUAUGUUUCAGUUGUUACUUGAUUUCGUCCGUUCAAAAAUGUACAUUCUUCGCCAGAUUCUUUUCCAGAGUGGAGACGAACUAGGGACCUUAUUACAUUUUUGUUGUAGGUAUGCUUCCAGAAAACUAAAGUUCUUUUUGGAUUGUUUAAAUUUGUCUGAAACGUGUGUAGGUUCACCGCAUUUUGAUCUACUGAGCGAACUAAUUUUAUCCAAAGAUGCACUAGGUAGCACAGCAUUGCAUUUGCUGGCAUUUAGAAAUCGUUCAGAGGAUAUUCAGUUAUUUCUGGCAUGCAUAAAAAACUUUUCAGAGAAACUUUUGACAGAACUACUACUAUCCCGCGAUAAGAAAAGUUUAACUGUUCUAGAUAUAGCAGUGUACAGAAACUACUCGGAAACUACAGUUGUAUUACUCGAUUUUUUGAAGCAUCGGAAAGAAUUUAAAGCUGUAGUUUUUCAAAACGGGCUCGAAAAUAAUAUUUUAUAUAGAGCUAUAUGUCAAGGUAAGGAUACUAGUAUGCUGGCAUUGCUUGACUGGCUUCAUUCCGCCUGUCUCGAUUCAGGUGAUCUUUGUCUAAUGGAUUUUUUAUUUGAAAAACAUCCUGUCGAUGGUAGAACAUCUCUCGGUAUAGCUGCGGCUAGAAAUUUCGGUUCAACUUUAUUCCGCUUACUGGAAUGGCUAAAUGGAACUAAUGACGAUCGCUGUACAAAUAGAUUUUUACUUCAGCUAUUAGCUUCAACUUCUCCAGAUCAUGACGGAAAAACUGCUUUGCAUCAAGCUGUAUAUUGGGAAUCGGAGGAUGCAUUAAAAGUUAUUGUGGAAUACAUUAUAGAAAACUUUGAUAUCGAAGCUCUGGCAACACUUCUGCUAGCUACAGAUAAGUUCUAUGAUACACCAAUGGAUUUAGCUAAGAACGAACAAACAAAAACAAUUCUGCGUCAAGGAUAUGAUAUGAUUAUUUCAACUCUACUUUCAGUAUCAGAGAAAUCGUUUGUAUCCGACACUCCAGUUGUUUUGUUUCUGGACCAUCUGAACGUUCUGGAAAACUUUAUUAAAAAACAUGUGGAGCACAGUCAGAAAGAAGCUUUGGAUGCAGUCAUUAAAUUGAAAUGUAUGUCGAAUUAUGACUUCAAACAAAUACAAACACAGACCAGCGGAAUUAUCUUUUUAACACUUCCGGGUCCAGGGGAAUCGACUCCGGUCGUAGAUGAUGGAGGGAUGGACAAUGAGGGAUAAUGAAAUAUAAAAAACUAAAAGAUAGUAAACUGAGAGCUGAUCGUGAUCUAGAAAAUUUCUGAUCUUCCAGGUUUUGCCAUGGAACAUGAUAUUGACAGUUGUCAUUCUUUCCUACAAUGUGGAUAUUUUUAAAAAUUUAUUUGCAUUUAGAGUAUUUUUGUGU